AUGGCCAAUCGACCUAACGCUCCCCCUGCUCACCAAAUUGGUCUAGACGGUCGUGAAACCGAUCUCCUCCACUGGAUCUACCAGCGAUCAGACAUUAAACAACUCCACGGAAACCCGACAGCUAUCCUCAAAGCGAUCGACGAGUACAACACCAGCCAAAACUUGCUGAUCAAUGUUGGCGCAGCCAAAGGCGCAGUCAUCACUGACCUGGUUACGUCGCGCAAGCCGUCGUUGAUGAUCGAGCUUGGCGCUUACGUGGGUUACUCAGGCAUUCUAUUCGGCAACGCGCUGAAGUCCCACGGCGGGAAAUUGAUCAGCAUUGAGAUGAACCCCGAGUUGGCUGCUGUGUCGAACCAGCUUCUGGAACUUGCAGGUCUACGUGAUACUGUACGUGUCAUCGUUGGAUCGAGCGCUAAUGUUUUGGUUGACCUUGUUCGCGAGAAGAAGGAGUUCUCUGAGGUUGACUUUGUGUUUGUGGAUCACUGGCAGGACGCCUACUUGCCUGAUAUGUGGCUGCUGGAGGAGUUGAGCGUCCUUGUUCCAGGCAAAUCGGUCGUCGUUGCGGAUAACGUUAUCUUCCCUGGCGCACCGGCUUAUCUGGAGUGGGUUCAAGCAAAUUCGGAGAAGAGGAAAGAGUUGCUGAAGAAAGCGGAUGUCGGAUCUCUUGUCCCGAACCCAGAUCUUACCUUUGAGACUAUUGUUCAUGAGUUUCAGUUGAACAUGGGAGAGGCUCAUUCUUUCAAGGAUGGAGUUUCUGUCACAAAGAUUCUUUGA